UGAUAAACAUUUUCUUCUGCUUUCAGUAUCUCUUGGAUGCUGUUUGGUCUUUUGCCUUCUCACACACACAAAGUACUUUUCCUCUUUACUCCUCUGAGAUACCAAUUUCUCCCUAUAUCUCUGUGAAAGUGUGAAGAGGUUUCUCUUUCUCAUCCAGAAAGACUAUAAAAAAGCGUCUGAAAAGCCCUCUGCUUUUACUUCUCUUGUCUGCCAUUAAAAUGCCUUAAAUAUAACUACGCUUCACUUCCCUCCCACACACCCCCCUUACGCUUCUUCGUCUAUUCUCUCUUUCUCUGGAGCUGGUCCGGAGGCAAGCUCCGUCCUUUUAUCCAUCGUUUUUGUAUCUUCUGUACCCUUCUUCUAUUUCGUUUUGUUUGCUCUACUGUCUGUCAUUUUUAUGAAAAUGGGUUGAUUUAAGUGCUUAUUCUCUUUAUGGUACUGUCAAUUUUGCGUCCAUUUCUUACUGCACUAGCUCAUCUUGUCGGACUGGUUUUCCGGUGACUGAAAAGGUUCCGGGAGUUUUUCUUCAAUUUUCUGCUUAUCCAUCUUCAUUCCAUUUUUUAAGUAGAGAGUUUCUGCGAAGGAGGGAAAAGAAAAGGCAAGAAAACAUGAUUAGUAUUACGGACCUCUACCACGUCCUCACGGCUGUCGUUCCUCUCUAUGUAGCCAUGAUAUUGGCGUAUGGGUCUGUUAAAUGGUGGAAGAUCUUCAGUCCUGAUCAAUGUUCCGGUAUCAACCGGUUCGUGGCACUGUUUGCUGUCCCUCUGCUUUCGUUUCACUUCAUCUCCACCAACAACCCAUAUGCCAUGAACUAUAGAUUCAUAGCUGCAGACACUCUUCAGAAAAUCAUAGUGUUGGUGGUUCUAGCUAUCUGGUCCAGAACCAGCUCAAGAGGGUGUCUCGAAUGGUCCAUCACUCUGUUUUCGCUCUCAACUCUGCCCAACACUCUGGUUAUGGGCAUUCCUUUGUUGAAGGGUAUGUAUGGAGAGGCUUCAGGAACCUUAAUGGUGCAAAUAGUCGUUCUUCAAUGUAUAAUAUGGUACACUUUGAUGCUGUUCUUGUUUGAGUACAGAGGAGCCAGGCUCUUGAUCGUAGAACAGUUUCCAGAUACUGCUGGGUCUAUUAUUUCAUUCAGAGUUGAUUCUGACAUCAUCUCUCUGGAUGGGAAAGAGCCUCUGCAGACCGAAGCUGAAGUCGGUGAAGAUGGAAAACUUCAUGUUACAGUGAGAAAGUCCACCAGUUCUCGCUCUGAAAUAUUUUCCAGGCGAUCACACGGCCCUAAUUCGGGAGUCUCCUUGACUCCCCGGCCUUCCAAUUUAACGAAUGCAGAGAUUUACUCUCUUCAAUCAUCCAGGAAUCCAACUCCCAGGGGUUCCAGUUUCAAUCACACUGACUUCUAUUCAAUGGUGAAUGGAAAGAAUAUGAACAAUGUGAGCCCGAGGCAAUCAAAUUUCGGGAACUUGACUUUUGACGAGGAAAACGGAAUAGGCGGAUUCCCAAAUCCUCCCAGAGCAAAUGGUGUCUAUUCACAGGGUGGUGGUUACCCUGCACCGCCGAGUGCCGGAAUCUUCUCUCCGGUGGCGGGACCGGGAGCAAAGAAGAAGGCCAACGGGGCAGACGGAGGGAAGGAUCUUCACAUGUUUGUUUGGAGCUCCAGCGCAUCACCAGUGUCGGAAGGAGGCAUUCAUGUUUUCAGAGGUGGAGACUAUGGGAAUGAGCUUGGUGGGGUACCUCACACUAAAGAUUACGAUGAGUUCGGUCAAGAUGAGUUCAGCUUCGGGAAUAGACCGACUGUGAAUGGGGGUGACCGAGAAGGGCCGACCAUGUCCAAGCUCGGCUCCAGCUCCACCACAGAGCUUCACCCCAAAACUGCUCCCCAGUCCAAGCCAACAUCCAUGCCCCCGGCUAGUGUUAUGACCAGACUCAUCCUGAUAAUGGUGUGGAGAAAACUCAUUAGGAAUCCCAACACUUAUUCUAGCCUCAUUGGCCUCACCUGGUCUUUGGUCUCUUACAAGUGGGAGAUUGAAAUGCCUGCUAUCAUAGCUAAGUCUAUAUCCAUUUUAUCUGAUGCAGGUCUUGGGAUGGCCAUGUUUAGUCUUGGUUUGUUCAUGGCUUUACAGCCCAAAAUUAUUGCAUGUGGGAACUCAGUUGCAACAUUUGCCAUGGCUGUUAGAUUCCUUACUGGUCCUGCGGUUAUGGCUGCUGCUUCCAUUGCAGUUGGAUUAAGAGGGGUUCUUCUACACAUUGCCAUUGUACAGGCAGCCCUACCACAGGGAAUCGUCCCCUUUGUGUUUGCCAAGGAAUACAAUGUUCAUCCUGAUAUAUUGAGCACAGGGGUUAUAUUUGGGAUGCUAAUAGCUUUACCCAUUACGCUGGUUUACUACAUUCUGCUGGGGCUUUGAAGAUGGAAACCACUGUCAGAUGAAAAAGACUUGCUACCAGACACCAGUUGCCUUAGAUUUUUUACCCUUCUGGUAUCAGUUGUUUUUUUUUUUUUUGGCUUCUCUAACAGAACAAAAUAGAAUUUGAGAAGAAGUUAAUAGAGCAUAGAGAGAUGGAAGAGGAAGGCAAGUUGUCAGGGACACGAAGGGUGAAGAAGGAGAAUGCGGAAAUGAGGGAUAUUUUGGAGCAUAUGACCGUUUUAGGGUUAAGAAUUUUUGUAUUCCUUUUUGGCUGUUCUGAACACCUCUGUGCUUUUGCUUUUGUUCUUUUCAUCUAAAGAAAGAGCAGUUUGUUUGUAGCUGAGAUACCAGUUACUUUUGACAUUUUUCAGGUCAAAAAGAUUUACCCAA